AUGGGCGGAGAAGAUAAUGAUGUGAUGCCUGUGUUCCAGUCGCGAUUGCGCGCCAAGAAAGAGGAACGUAUGCAUCAGAGACAACAAGAGCAGGUUUUGCCUUCUAAUGCGCAUCAACAGGCUGUUGCGGACUCUGGUGAAGAUACCGUCAAGCGGCGAGAGCGAUCUGAAGCACGCAAACGCGUUAUUGAAUAUCACGGAAGUAUCUGGGAUGCAGUGAGCAGCGACAAUCUGGAUAUGGUGCGGAAUUACUUUCUAGUUGAAGGUGCAACGAUGGUAUUGCGUCGGCGACAUCCAGACGCAGAUCAGGGUGGGCGAACCCUGCUGCACUGUGCAUCGUGGCAUGGAUACGGAGCUAUAGUUGAAUUCAUUUUGACCACUGGAUGCGAUGUAGAUGUUGUCGACAGUGUAUGUGGCUAG